AUGACUGUUUUUUCAACGCUCUUCGUGGCCACGCGCACGCGACCAAAAGUCGUCGCACCAAAAACGAGCGUCGUUGCUUCGAACGACGACGUAAACGAAGAAGACGAGAAGAAGAAGAAGAAGAAAAAGACGAAGAAUAAAAAAAAUACGACCGCAACUUCCUCAAAGUCGGGAACACUAACGACGGCAUCGUCAUCGUCGUCGUCGUCAUCAUCAACGCGCGAUGGGACUCCGAACAACAACAGUAACAACAACAACAACAACAACAACAACGCGUAUUUAGACACUCGCGCGGAUCGCAAAACCGUGCGAAUCUCGAACCCGGUACCGGCAAGUUCCACGAAAAAAGCGAAGGAGUAUACCUUUGACGCGGUUUUUGAUCGGUAUUCGACCAACGAACAGGUGUACAGAGACGUUUUCUUAAGGCGCACUUCUUCGUCUUCUUCGACUUCUUCGACUUCUUCCUCUUCCCCCUCCAAAGAAGAGGAUUUAAACGUCGUGGAAACGAUUUUACGAGGCGGCGUCGCGACGGUGUUCGCGUACGGCGCGACCGGUUCGGGGAAGACGCACACGAUGAUUGGCAGAAGAGAUGACCCGGGGAUGAUGAUGCGGUCGAUUCGAGACGUGUUCGAUGGCGUGGAGAGGAUGAAUGAAGAGAGGAGGAAGAAGAGGAGGAGGGAAAAACGACGCGCGGGAAGCGAAGAAGAAGAAGAAGAAGAGGAAGAGGAAGAAGAAGAAGAACAAAAAGAAGGCACGUUGGAGGUGAGGUGUUCGUACGUGGAGGUGUAUAACGAGAACUUGUACGAUUUGCUCGCAGAAAAGAGGACAACUGUGCCGCAUCAUCAACAACAACAGCAUCAUCAACAACAACAGCAGCAAUAUUCUCAUAAUAAAAAUGAAUUUGAUCUGAGCGCUUCGCUUUCGUCGAGCGUCGGAGUAUUUGGGGGCGGCGAUUUGAGACAAUCGAGAAAUAGUUUUUCAAACAACGGGAUCAACACGUCUUCACAACCAAAGUUGGAGUUACGCGAAGACUCAAGUCGUGGCGGUGCGGUAGUUGUUGGCGCUAGAGAAGUCGUCGUGUGUUCCCCAUCGCACGUUUCGGAUUUGUUGGAAAAGGGCAACGCGAGGCGUAAGACGGACGCGACGGAUAUCAACGCGACUUCGUCGAGAUCGCACGCUGUUUUAGAGAUUAUCGUUUGCGAAAGAAUUGGCUCUAGUUGCGACAAUGAUAACGAAAAUGAAUGCAUAAUAAAGCGCGGAAAACUAUCGUUGGUUGAUCUCGCAGGAAGCGAACGCGCGAACGAGGCAAACACGAGAGGCGAUAAGUUGCGAGAUGGCGCGAGCAUAAACAAAUCGCUCUUGGCGCUGGCGAAUUGCAUAAACGCGCUCGGACGGCGGAAAAAAGUGAGCGAUACGCAAAACAAUGCGAGUAAUACGAAUCGACGAGGUGGUGCACAUCGUAAUCAUUCACACCUUGCUCCCCCAAAAGCAUCUUCGCAAAGGAAACCUACGACUACGGUAUACGUUCCGUAUCGCGACUCCAAGCUUACUCGCUUGUUAAAGGAUGGUUUGAGUGGAAAGGGAAAAUGUGUCAUGAUUGCAACCGUAAGUGAAGAUGCCGAACAAGUCAUCAACAACGCGAAUACGUUAUCCUAUGCCAACCGCGCGAAAUCUAUUGAAAUGAUAAACCCAUCGCAUUCGUCGAUUUCGACAGAGUCGCACCACGUCGCCGAGAUGAAGAAGAACGGUGAGUACCGCAAAGUGGUCGAAGCUUUACAAUCAGAAGUUUCGAGAUUAAAGCUAGCGCUUGGAAAUGCUUUAGAUAAUAACAGUAAUGAUAAAAGGGUUGCGGCCGAAUCUGCGUCAUCGACGACUUCAUCGAGACUGCACGGCUUCUUCUCGAGGCGAAAUACUACAAAAAGCAAUUCGAUGUCAACCGCGAAUGAUGACGCCGUCCUGUCAUCGGCAAUGACAGAUAGCAUUCCGUUUGGACGUUCAAAGUAUCAUAGCAACAAUAAAGGAAGUACGCGCGAUGGUGAUAAAUAUGCAGCGACAACUUACGACGAAUGCAAAACGUGCUCUUCUCGCAUAGCGCUCGACGAACGCGUUGUACAGCUCUGCGACGAAAUCACCGAAAAUGUGGAAGAGCGAGUCAAUUUUCAAAAAGCGUUGUUCGAGCUGGAAGCGGCAGAUAUGUCGAACCGCAGAGAACUCACUAGGCGUGAAAAACGCGUCGCAGCUGCUCGAGGAGAGGGCAAAGCUAAGCACGAAAAGAAGAUUGCAAAGUUACGCCAGCAACAUUUACGACACGCGGAAGACUCGAAAAAAUACGCGGACGAAAUCUCAAGGAACGAUUGCGUGAGAGAUUUAAUCAGCAAGAAAGUAGAUGAUUUAAUAUCAGGUGGUGGUAACUAUAGAGGUAAUAUUGGUUUAGCGCGCUCUCUUUCCGAGUACCGCUUGGCGGUGGCACGAAACGCGGAGUUACAAUUUGCGUUAGCUCUGAGAGAUCAAACGGUGGCAGAGUUGAGAGAUGAAAUCGAGAGUUUGCGAGCGAGGAAAACCACCAUCGCGUUUGAUUCAUCGGCGCCGGCUUCAAAUAAUCCUGGGGACGUGGACGAUAACUCAUCGGUAUCAUCGUUUGAUGACUACGAAGAUGACGAUGAAGAAAGCGAGCGCGGCUCGAUGACGCACAAACGUAACGGAUCGAAAAUACCAAACAUCGCAUCGCUCUUUUCGGACGACGGUUUUGACGAAGAUGAAGACGCGUGGAGGGAAUACGAGCACCAUAGGUCGGUGCGAAAGUCAACGCCAACGGGCGCGUCGGUGAAUAUUACGGAGAGUAAAAUGCGAGAAUCGCGCGUUACGUCGUCUCUGGCAUCCUCGCGUGCGCCGGCUGCUGCUUCCUCUUCUUCUUCUUCUUCUUCUUCUUCGAAGCAACAGCCGGGAAGUAAGAGCGCUCCAGAGCAAAAUGCAAACUCGUUAUCAGCGCGCCGUCGCGCGCUCGCGAUUGAACGCGCGGCGUUAAAAGCUGGAAACUUAUCCGCCCGAGGCGGUCCAGCGCGUUCGGCGUCGGCUAUUCCUUCUUCCUCUAAAUACGGCGACAUGAUUCGAGACGCCUCGCUCAUAUUUAACCGAAACAAAAUCGUGGAAACGACGAUGAAGUCCUCUACGGUAGCAAACAACAUGACGAUACCUAAAGGAAGCGCAAAGUUCAACGAGACUCGAGAUCGAUUUAGACGCAAAUUUGGAUGA